AUGGGGAAGAUGUUAAUAUGGUUCUGUGGGUACAGUUCUGUCAGGGCAGUCCAGUCCUGCAGCCCCAGGGACCCGGGCCGCCGACUCCCGGCCAGAAGGCACAAGCUCGCCUUCCACCUCCUCCUCCCACAGCAGAGAGAAGCCCCUCCCACCGACGCCCAACAGAGGCCACGCCCCUCCCGGCAACGCGAAGCCGCCUCCGUCUUCCAGCAGGCCGCCGACGGCGGCUCCUCGGCUCCUCCGCCUCCCCCCGUACAGGCCAAGACUUCGCCGGGCCGGCGUCCAACGGGCCGCCCAGGUGGGCGGGGCGGAGCUCCCCAGCUGCCGCAGAGGCGCAACUCCCUGCACAAAAAGCACACGUCGGGCGGCCAAGGACGCAGCCACGCUCCUCCUCCACCUCCCCUCUCAUCGUCUUCGACCUCCCAGCAGGCCGGCAGGCCGCCUCCACCCGCCAGGGAGCCGCCGGGCCGCAGAUCAGCUCCCCAGGUGCCCCCCUCUGGGACUCGUAACGGCGGUCGGGACGCCCCUCCCCCUCCUCCUCCGUACCGCGUCCACAGCGCCGCGGCCUCGGAGGCCCACAGCCGAAUGGCCAAACCACACCCUCCCCCCUCCUCUUCCUCCUCCCUAUCAUCCUCAUCAUCCUCCUCUUCCUCCCGGACCCCGGCCGGACCCCCUCCGCCGCCCCCGCCCGUCCGGAACGGCCACUCCUCCGUCUCCUCCUCCAAGUCCAUCAUGGAUGAUUUUGAAUCCAAGUUUAACUUCCACCCUUUUGAGGACCUUCCACCUCCAGAGGAGUACCCCCAGCGAGUACACGGGCACAGAGGGAGGCACGUCAACAAGGAGUACCCAACGGGAGUACACGGGGAGUACAGAGGGACAAUGAUGAGAGGAGCUCCUCCGGCGCCGCCGGUGGGAAGGUGA